AUGGGGCAGAAGAAGGUUGCAGGUGCAAGGAGAGUGCUGGAAGCAGGCAGUUUUGUUUUGGAUGAUUUUGAGAAGGGAUGUGCACAGUGUGAAAUUGAUCAGUGUGAUGGCAAUGUUGGAUACGGUGGCAGCCCUGAUGAAAACAGAGAAACAACUUUAGAUGAUAUGAUUAUGAAUGGAAACACUAUAGAAGUUGGAGCAGUUGCUCAACUGAGAAGAAUCAAAAAUGCAAUUGUUGUGACCAGAGCAGUUAUGGAACAUACCAAACACACAUUUUUAGUUGGAGAAUCUGCUUCCUUGUUUGCUGAGAGUAUGGGCUUUAUGCGUGAAGAUUUAACAACCAACCGUUCACGGUCCAUUCAUUCUAAGUGGCUUGAUCAAAGCUGCCAACCAAAUUACUGGAAGGAUGUUGUUCAAGAUGCUUCAAAAUCAUGUGGUCCUUUUCAUCCUAUUAGGGGAGUAAAAAAACACCCACGCUAA